AUGAAUCCUAAACAUUCCUUGGAAAAUAGCAUCAUGGAAGCGAGGGAAGAUCAUAUGCUUUCACCUGCCGGUGAUAGUGAACAAACUUUCAGAACUGCAUAUUUUCUCAAACCUAUUGCAAACUCCAUUCGUGAGUUGAGCCUUAAUCAUUCAUCUUCUUCUUCUGUUUUGGAAUCAAAGGAAUGUCCUUCCAAAAUCAAUUUCAAUGGCUGGCGCUACCCACAGACAAAAUGGGUUAGGUGGGUUGAUCAACUUAAACCAAAGUAUGAAUCAGUUUGGAAAAAAGCUGGAAUCUUUGAACCUAUAAUGAGUACUAAGAGCCGCAUUAUGAAAAAUCAAGACUUGGUUUAUGGGGUUGCUGAGAAAUGGUGUUCUCAGACAAAUACAUUUGUGUUUCCCUUUGGCGAAGCAACCAUCACUUUGGAGGAUGUUAUUGUUUUGGGUGGUUACUCUCUAUUUGGUGAUCCUGUUUUCACACCACUUGAAGAUCAAGAAAUGAGAGAGGUAAAAAAGAAGCUUGACAAUGUUGAAAGACAGGAGAGGAUUGUAAAAGGUAUGCCUCCUUCAACGUCAAUGUGGAUUGAUAUUUUCAUUAAUAAAGGGAGUGAAAUUGAGCAUGAAGCAUUUCUUGUUACUUGGUUGUCGAUUUUUGUUUUUCCUCACAAAUACAAUCUGGUCAAAAGUUGUUUGUUUCCUAUUGCUAUUCAUCUUGCUAGAGGGAAUCGUAUUGCUUUAGCACCUGCUGUUUUGGCUAGCUUAUAUAAUGAUUUGAAUUUGUUUAAGGAAACGAUUGUAGGUUUUAAGAAAUGUUUAUUACGAGGUGUUGAACUUCCUUUGGUGUUGGAGGUUGAUGUUCAAUCACCAUUUUACUUGGUUCAAGUUUGGGUGUGGGAGAGGUUCAAAAAUUUGCAACCACAACCUAACUUGAUCAACAUUGAAGAUCAUGUAUUGUUGAGGUGGCAUAUGGUUCGGGCUUUGGAAAUUGACAGUGUGAGGUUGGCAUUGGACUCAGCUAUCGAUGAUUUUCUUUGGCGCCCAUAUGUUAGAUAUGCUGCUAAGUAUGGAAUGUAUUAUCCAAAUGAUGAAAUUUUGGUUCCAUUUAAGAAAGAUUUGGAUAAACAAAUGCUCUCAUUUAUUCUAUGCUUGAGAGCUUCUGAGCUAGUUGGAAUUGAAUGUAUAGAGCAAUAUCUACCACAUAGAGUUGCGAUGCAAUUUGGAAUGGAUCAAGAUGUUCCUGGUUAUGUGUCGAGAUUCAAUAAGACUAAAGAGGUUGCUUGGAAUAAUUACACCAGACCCUCAUCUGAUACAAGAUUAUAUUUUCCAUCUAGAUUUUUUGAGGCCGAUGUUACCACGCGUUAUGCAAAGUGGUGGAAAAAAUCAGUAUUGGGUCCUCAGGGUUUCUAUAAGAACGUUGUGCGGCGUAAGAGAAGUGCAAGGUCAUUGAAAUUUAGACCUCAUCAUGCUGCUUUGUUUCCUCCUCCUAAACUUAUUGAUGAUGUUCCUAAAGUUUUGACAACUAUGUCAUCUGAAAAUUCUGCUGAAGAUGGUUUGAAAGCUGAGAAAAAUGUUGAUGCUUCGUCAAGUCUACCACCAGAAAAUAACACUUUGGCUCCCUCGAUGUCUACUAUAGAGGAUUGUAUGACUGCGUUGGUAGAUGUUAAAUUUAAAGACGGAAAUUUUGUUAAAGAUGGUUUGAAAUCUGAAAAAACUGCUGAUGCUAUUUCAAGUCUACCACAAAAACAUGAUACUCUGAGUCAUUUGACAUCUGUUGAAGAUUGUAACCCGCUGCUGGAAGAUGUUGAGGAUAAAGAUGCAAAUAAGAGCAAAGAAGCUAGGUUGUCAAGUGAGAGAGUCUGCGAAUCCGAGACUCAAGAUGAAAGCUAUAGCUAUUUAUCUGAUGCAAGCAUAGCAAAACUUGAAGAGAGAAUUAGCCAACUCGAGAAACUGCAUAGAGAAUUGAAGAUGGCAAGAAAGUCCAGGGAAGGUAAUGCAAGGCCUGUGAGUGGUCCUCAAUGA